AUGCUUGAAUGUAGGAUCCCGGAUCCAAACCCAAUUCUUCUCAAGUAUUAUCAACCAGGAGAUCUCAUAUUCGGGGGCAUUGUUUCACAGGUCUUCUUCCUCACCAGUCCAGCAGAAUUCAAUGAACAUCCUCCCCAGAUAAGCUUGGAUGAACUCAUCGUUGUAACAAAGAAUUAUCAGCACAUCCUGGCCUUGAUAUUUGCUAUAAAGGAGCUCAAUGAAAAUCCCCACAUCCUACCCAAUGUCACUCUGGGAUUCAAUAUCUAUGACAGUUAUUUGGAUGCAAAGUGGACCUAUCAUGCUGCAAUGCAACUUACUUCCUCAAGGAACAGACUUGUCCCAAACUACAAGUGUGAUACCCAAGAUAAUCUAAUUACAGUCAUUGGUGGGCUUAACUCUCAAAUGUCCCUGCAGAUAGCAAAUAUUUUGAGCAAUUAUAAGAUGUCACAGCUGGUAUAUGGCUUUGCCCCGGAGACAACUGAUAAAACUCAAGAGUAUUCCUUCUAUCGGAUGGUCCCAUAUGAAGCACUUCAGUAUAGGGGGAUUCUUCAGUUAUUUCUCCAUUUCAAGUGGACAUGGGCUGGAUUCAUUACUGAGAAUAAUGAGAACAGAGAGAGAUUUGAGCAUAAGAUUCUUCCAGUAUUCUCUGAGAGUGGCAUUUGCUUUGCCUUCAUAGAAACAUACCCUUAUUUAAGUUUUGAAGAACGCCUACCAGAAACAAUUGAUUGGCUGAUGGAGAUAUAUGAUAAAGUAAUGAGUAGCAUAGCCAAUGCAAUGAUCUACUAUGGAGAUGUUAAUAGCAUGAUACUUUUGAGAUGGCUUCUUUUUCUACCAGAAAUGGAAGAAAGCGUACAAAAGUUGAAAGGUAAAGUCUGGAUACUGACAGCCCAGAUGGAGUUCACAACAUCUGUUUAUCAAAAGAGUUGGGAUAUACAAGUCCUCCAUGGUGCUAUAUCCUUUACAAUUCAUUUCAAUGAGCUACCAUUAUUCCAUCAAUUUCUUCAGGACAGAAAUCCUUCAAGUGCAAUAGAAGAUGGUUUUAUCAAGGCCUUCUGGAGGCAAGCAUUCAACUGUGUAUUUCCAGAUGCUGUUCUGGAUAAUGUGGUUGGGGAUAUCUGUACUGGAAAAGAGAGUCUGGAGAGCCUUCCUGGGCCUUUUUUUGAAAUGACUAUGGUUGGCCACAGCUAUAGUAUAUAUAAUGCUGUCUAUGCUGUUGCCCAUGCUUUACAUGCUAUGUGUUUGUCCAGAUACAAAAAUAGAGCAAUGAUGGAUGGAAAGAGAAGGGAGCUUCAGAACAAUAGACUAUGGCAGCUCCACCACUUUCUGCAACAUGUCUCAUUUAACAACAGUGCUGGGGACAAGAUUUUCUUUAACCACAACAGAGAAUUAGUGGGAGGAUUUGAUGUUAUAAACUUGAUCACAUUCCCAAAUCAAUCAUUCAUUAGAGUAAAAGUUGGAAGGAUGGAUCCCCAACUUCCUGUUGACCAAGCCUUCUCCAUCAAGGAGGAUGCCAUUGUUUGGCACAGCUGCUUUAAUAAGGUACAGCCUAUCUCUGUAUGUAAUGACAACUGCGCACCUGGUUAUAGGAAGACAGUUUUGGAAAGGAGGCCAUCCUGCUGCUAUAGUUGCAUCCCAUGCCCAGAAGGAAAGAUAUCUAACCAGAUGGAUAUUGUUGACUGUUUUCAAUGCCAAGAAGAUUAUCAUCCAAAUAAAUACCAGAAUUCCUGUAUUCCCAAAGCUGUAAACUUCUUGUCAUAUGAUGAGCCUCUGGGAGUCGGUUUAACUGUUAGUGCUAUUUUUCUUUCUUUUAUCUCAAUUCUAAUGGUAGUGAUAGUUGUGAAAAACCACAACACCCCCCUUGUCAAAGCCAACAACAGAAACCUCACCUACACUCUUCUUUUAUCCCUCCUGCUCUGCUUUCUUUGUGCAUUGCUGUUCAUUGGCGCACCAGGGAAGGUGACUUGUCUUUUCCGCCAAACUGCUUUUGGCAUCAUGUUCUCAGUGGCUGUGUCUUGUGUGCUGGCAAAAACCAUCACCGUUGUUCUCGCUUUCAUGGCCACAAAACCAGGAUCCAGCAUGAGGAAGUGGGUGGGGAAAAGACUGGCCAUCUCCAUUGUUCUUUCUUGCUCUUUUAUUCAAUUAGGGAUUUGUACUGUGUGGUUGGCAAUCGCUCCCCCAUUUCCAGAGGCUGACAUGAAUUCAGUGUCUGAAGAAAUUCUACUGAAAUGUAAUGAGGCAUCACUCACCAUGUUUUAUUGUGUCCUGAGCUACUUGGGCCUGCUGGCCAUUGCUAGCUUUUGUGUGGCUUUCCAUGCCAGGAAAUUACCCAACAGUUUCAAUGAAGCCAAAUUUAUCACUUUCAGUAUGCUGGUUUUUUGCAGUGUUUGGUUAUCUUUUGUUCCCUCCUACCUAAGCACCAAAGGAAAAUACAUGGUAGCUGUGGAGGUCUUUUCUAUCUUAGCCUCCACUGCUGGCUUGCUGGGGUGUAUCUUUGUCCCCAAAUUCUACAUUAUUGUGAUGAGGCCUGAGCUGAACAAUAAGGAACAUUUAAGAAGGAGCAACAUUUAA